AUGCCAUACCGACUUCGAUCUGUUGGCCUCCUGGCGAAGGCUUGCAUUCGUCUGUCCCAAUAUUCUUGCCCUCGCCAGAAAACCAUUCAACAAAGGCAGCAGAGUUCAACUAGCCCCAGUGCUGCUCUGAAGGGUAGACUACAGAGCAACGCGGAAAAUGGGAUGGUAUCAGCUUUCCAAAAAUGCCGACGCACUGGGACAGGAGUGGAAAAUAUCACACCCGACUUCCACAGUUUACAUGAUCUACCGAUGAUCUAUGCUAGCAACAAUGCAGGACUGACGAUGAAUACUGGCCACAAUUGGUUGCAGUUGGAGAAUAAUCUGGAUGAGAAUGAAAUCCAGAAGCGUAAAUAUGAACCAAACACAGUCAGUCUCCAGAGAUGGGUCUGGGAUCUCUGGUGCCGAACUCUCUGGACGUUCUUCGACUAUACGGUCACCAAUCGCCGGCAGUACAUUAAUGCAGCUUCAACGCUACAGACAUAUUGGAAUGUCUGGACGCUCCUCCGUCGCGAGAAAGUUGGGCUCUCUAUUCCGGGGCUCAUCAAGGACAAAAUGACAGGUGUUCGUGAUCAACUGACCGCUAAACACGGGCUCCGAACGGAGAGGAAACAGAAACCGAUCCUGCGGUCAGAAGAUGUCUUCCAACUGAUGAAGGUACUGUGGACCACAGGGAGCGAGACAUGGGACCCGGUCCAGCUAGCCUUAAUCGUCCUCCUUGCAGGCAUGACGGGCCACAGGCCCGACGCACUGUUGCACGUGCGACACGCCGACGUCGCUGUCACACUGUUUCCUACGGGACGGGAACGGCCGCACAUGGUCUUGGAGGUGAAACCAAAUAGGACAAAGCGAUACCGUGGAAGGAAGAAGCAAAACCCGACUUUGGGGAUCCCGGAGGUUCCUAGCGAACCAUGCCUCCUGUUGUGUCCAAAAACUCUGUUGUUGGCACUGCUGCUUCGGAAGUCUGCCUUCCUCCAUCUUCACAUAGUAUCCGCGGAGAAGUUAUACGCUUUGCAGGUACCGCCAGAUGCCGGAUCCCUCUCGUUGUGCCCCGGAGAGCCUGAGGCGUUAUUAUUUGAUAUCUCUGCCAGGACAUUAAACGCUUGGCUGAAGAGACUUGGCGAGCUUGCAGGGUUUGAUUUGCCUAUCACUUCAUACUGGCUCCGCCGAGGCGCAGGCGAAGCUCUCAAUAGCAGCUGCGAAAUCAGCGAAGCGCAACAAAACCUACUUCUUCAACAUGCAUCAGGGUCUGUUUACCAAGACCGGUAUGCUCCUGAUUACUUUCCGAAAGACUUCAGCGCAGUCUGGCGCGGUCGGCAGCAACAGAGUGAUAUUAUUCGAAUAGCGAGUGGGCAAGGCCGCUCUAUUAAUCUACGCAGACCGAUCGAUCUCAACGAGGCCCAGGAAGCCGAGGCUGAUUCACGGCCCGAUGUUCAACGAUGCAAGGCGCAGUGGCAGCACGCGAAGCAGAAAGUGCAGAUGAUGUACGGGACAGUUUCUAAAGGCAAGGGGACCCCACUAUUCGAGGACGCGAUGAAAAAGCGGAACACCUACCAUACUGCACGCCAGGCGGCUCGUCGCGUUAUGAAGGAGGCCAUUCGCGAAAAGUUCAAUAAGGAGCAGCCCGUGGCUGACAUUAUACGUCAAGUCCAUGGCUUGCCCCUAGAAUCCGGAGACAGACGUGACGCGGGCCCUGUUCCCCCCGAACAAUACCGAGCAUUUUCUAUGCUCUUUCGAUUCGCGCCAACCACUGAGCGCGAGGAGACUGAAUGCAGAGCGGCAGCUGUGGAUGCAGUAGCCAAGGUCGGCCCGAGCCGACGACACCGUCUGCGGAUUAUACAUUCCCAGGCUGCGGUUCCGGAAUGGGUGACCGCAGCUUUGCAGGGGAAACGAAACAUCCAUUUGGCGCGGCGUCAGUGCUUAUUCUGUCUAGCCUUGGGUAUUCGGGAGGAGCCAUUUAGUAGAGACUCUAGCUUUGAGCGGCACAUUCGCCGAGUACACGAUGCGCGGACCUGGUGCCCCGAUCCCACUUGCCGGGGGAUGCUGAUUGGUCAUGUCGAUGUUGCUAACCAUAUGCGAUAUGUACACGGCGCCUGA